UUCUUUGCUGCAACGUUCUCAGCCUGGUUCGGCUGGUCGGCGGUGUGCGUUCUCUUUUCCCCCCCGUGCUCUUAAGCCCGCCAUGUCAUACCCGGUGGACGAUUACGAAGAGGGCUCUUACGACCCAUAUGCUUAUACAGGGGAUUAUGAUUUACACACAGGAGAUCCAAAACAGGAUUUAGCCUAUGAACGGCAAUAUGAACAGCAAACCUAUCAGGUGAUUCCAGAAGUGAUAAAAAAUUUUAUCCAGUACUUUCAUAAGACUGUUUCAGAUCUGAUUGACCAGAAAGUGUAUGAGCUUCAGGCCAGUCGCAUAUCUAGUGAUGUCAUUGAUCAGAAGGUGUAUGAGAUCCAAGACAUCUAUGAAAACAGUUGGACCAAACUAACAGAAAGGUUCUUUAAAAACACACCAUGGCCAGAAGCAGAAGCUAUUGCACCACAGGUUGGAAAUGAUGCUGUGUUCCUGAUUUUGUACAAGGAGUUGUAUUACAGACACAUCUAUGCUAAAGUCAGUGGUGGCCCAACCCUGGAACAAAGAUUUGAAUCUUAUUACAAUUACUGCAAUCUCUUCAACUACAUUCUUAAUGCAGAUGGCCCAGCUCCUCUAGAACUACCCAAUCAGUGGCUCUGGGAUAUUAUAGAUGAAUUUAUAUAUCAGUUUCAGUCCUACAGUCAGUAUCGUUGCAAGACUGCCAAGAAAUCUGAGGAAGAAAUUGAUUUCUUGAGGUUAAAUCCUAAGAUCUGGAAUGUCCACAGUGUUCUUAAUGUGUUAUAUUCCAUAGUGGACAAAUCCAACAUCAACAGACAACUGGAAGUCUAUACCAGUGGAGGUGACCCUGAGAGUGUUGCUGGAGAAUAUGGUCGUCAUUCUUUAUAUAAGAUGUUGGGCUAUUUUAGCCUUGUGGGUCUGCUGCGCCUCCAUUCAUUGCUGGGUGAUUAUUAUCAAGCCAUUAAGGUUCUGGAAAAUAUUGAGCUUAACAAGAAGAGUAUGUACUCACGAGUGCCAGAAUGCCAGGUUACCACCUAUUACUAUGUUGGCUUUGCAUACUUCAUGAUGCGACGCUACCAAGAUGCAAUCCGUGUCUUUGCUAAUAUUCUGCUGUAUAUCCAGAGGACCAAGAGCAUGUUCCAGAGAACAACUUACAAAUAUGAAAUGAUUAACAAGCAAAAUGAGCAGAUGCAUGCUCUUCUGGCUAUUGCGCUUGCCAUGUAUCCAAUGCGCAUUGAUGAAAGCAUUCACCUGCAGCUUAGAGAGAAGUACGGGGAUAAGAUGCUACGGAUGCAGAAGGGAGAUCCCCAGGUAUAUGAAGAGCUGUUCAGCUAUUCUUGUCCCAAAUUUGUCUCGCCUGUGGUACCCAACUACGACAAUGUGCAUCCCAAUUAUCAUAAGGAACCAUACCUGCAGCAGUUGAAGGUCUUUGCUGAUGAAGUCCAGCAGCAAGCUCAGCUGUCCACCAUCCGCAGUUUCCUAAAACUGUACACUACUAUGCCUGUGACUAAACUGGCUGGCUUCUUGGACCUCACAGAGCAAGAAUUCUGCAUCCAACUGCUGGUCUUCAAGCACAAAAUGAAAAACCUGGUCUGGACAAGUGGCAUCUCCGCCUUGGAUGGAGAAUUCCAGUCAGCUUCUGAGGUGGACUUCUACAUUGACAAGGACAUGAUCCAUAUUGCAGAUACAAAAGUUGCUCGACGCUAUGGGGAUUUCUUCAUCCGUCAGAUUCAUAAAUUUGAAGAGUUGAAUCGUACCCUGAAGAAGAUGGGCCAGAGACCUUGAAACUCUUCUUGCAUCAGCUAUUUGCUCUAUUUGAAGAGGGCAAGCCUGGAAGAAAUAUGAGCUAAGAAUUUUGGAAUUUUCUGUAAUCUCUGCAAUUUUUACUUGGAUAGCAGAUGGCUGUGCUCAUACAAAAAAACUAGAAGGUCUAAUUAAAUAAAUGACAUUUCUCUGUA